AUGUCCUUCUCCUCAGCAAGACAUCGAGCUCCUUCGCGAGUCAAUCAGGCUCAUCCUCCCCGCAAUCCUCCCGAAGAGUACUCCGACUCCAUCGCUCUCACUCCCCUCAACAUCUCCGCAACCCGCAAUCCUCGGCCCUUGCCACACACGUUGAUCAUGUCGAACAAAUCACAAUCUCUCCACGAGAAAGAUUCUCUCCCUCAGCUCACCAUGAGUGACGAAGCAACACCCGUUUCGCCCACCGGCAGCGCUUACAGGUCCGCUGGCCGCGCAAGUGGAUGGAAUUGGAUGAUGGCCUACUCGUGCUUGGUCGUCGCUCUUUCAGGCUGGAUGUUCGGCGUCGAAAACUCCAUCAUUGGCCCCAUUGCAUCGAUGACCGCUUUCGUUGAAGAGUACCAAGGCGUCAAUCCCACGACUGGUGAACUCGUCCUCACCGCUCGCAAUCAGUCGAUGCUCUUCAGUAUUCCCCUAGUCGGCACCGUCUUUGGCGCUUUGUUGGCAGUGCCACUGCAGAAGAGAUUCGGCCGCAAGUGGACUCUAGUCGGUGCAUACAUUUUCUCUCUCCCUGCCGUCUUCCUCCAACUAUUUGCGCCCAACCUCGCUGGCUUCAUUGGUGGUCGCUUCUACAAUGGUCUCGCGUACGGUGCCGCCACCAGUAUCGCGCCUGGCUAUUUGGCUGAGCUCGUCGUCCCGUCCAUCCGUGGUCGAGCAGUGACACUCAACAACUUCUGCACCAUUCUCGCCCAAGUCAUAUCCGUCAUCAUCUGCUGGGCUAGUGAGCGCGCUUACCGUGGCGAGCACAUGUCCUACCGCGCACCACUCGCCGUUCAAGUUUGCUUGCCCGGAGUAUUGGCGCUCCUCACCUGCUUCUGCGUCGAGUCACCCGUUGUGCUCAUUCAACAGAACCGCAAGGAAGAGGGCAAGGCUGCUUUGCGCAAGAUCAGAAGUUACAGUGACGCUGAAGUGCAAGCCGAAUUCGAGAUCCUGUGCGACGCAGAAGACUAUGUCAGAGACAUUGCAGCCAACACUUCCUUCUUCGACAUCUUCAAGGGCAACAACAAAUGGCGUACCAUCGUCGCCGGCUCCCUCUUCUCCCUCAAUCAGAUCUCCGGUAUCAUCAUGUCCACCACUUACGCCACGCUCUUCUUGACUCAACUCGGCGCCGGAGACCCAUUCGUGCUCACCGUCGUCUCAGCCGUCUGUCAACUUGCUGGUGCCGCCGCAGGACCCUUCGCUCUCGACUUCUUUGGUCGUCGUUCGCUCAUCCUCACAGGCUUUGUCAUUCUCAUCAUGAUCGACUUUACCGCUGGUGGUCUUGCGUUCUUCCAAGACAAUGCAUCGUCGCUCAAGACCAUCGCAGCUUUGUCCUUCAUCUUCAACUUCGUCUGGACAGGAUCCUUCUACCCAUGCAGUCUGCUCAUGCCCGCCGAAAUUCCCACGCAGCGUCUUCGUGGCCCCACGCUCGCGUACGCCAUCGGAUGGGGACAGCUCACCGCCGUCAUCACCACGCUGGCAGUGCCCGAGAUCACUGCUGCCGAUGGUCACAACCUGGGAGCCAAGGCGUACAUCAUGUUCGGUGGCUUCAUGGUCGCCAUUCUCGUCUUUGGUAUCUUCUGCUUGCCCGAGACCAAGGGAAGGACACCCAACGAGAUCGACGAGAUGGCCGACACUCUCGGCAUGGCUCGCGCUUGGCAAUGGAAGAAUUACGAGUGCAAGACUCGCGCAGUCCAAGGUGCUACGCUCGCAGCCAUGGAAGAGGAGAGGAGGGAAACUGGACAAGCAGCAAAGGAUUCUUCUGCAUAG